AUCAUUUAUACAAUUAGUACUCUGCUCAGCUUAUCAUCUUUUGUGCACACUCUCUCCGCCUCUUUUUUUGCUUUUUUGAUAAAUCUUUACGCAACCCUUUUGAUUUCUUCGUAUUUCUGUACGGCUGAUUUGAUCUCUGGUGCAAGUGGUGGUGUUUGUAGCUCUGAUCACUGGAGUGUUUUGCCCUGUUUUGCUCUGUUUUGCUCUGUUUUGCUAUGUGUUUUUUGGGUUUUUGAAGGAGGGUUAGGGUUUGAUUGGUUGUUUUAGUGUGUUGAUCAAGGUGAAAACAUGGUGGAUUUGAGUGAUAAGGGAUCGGAUUCUGAGGAGAUGAUGAUUAAUGAAGCUUCGAAUCAGCUGAAAACAUGUGUUGAUUGUGGUACUUCGAAAACCCCUCUUUGGAGAGGCGGCCCAGCUGGCCCUAAGUCAUUGUGUAAUGCUUGUGGGAUCAGAAGCCGAAAGAGGAGAAGGGCUUUAUUGGGAUUGAACAAAGAUGACAAGAAGCCCAAGAAGAAUGCAGCUGAUGAGGCAAUCAAUUCCAACAAUGAUGAUACAAUGGUGGACUGUUUGAAGAGGAAAUUGAUGGCUCUGGGGAGUGAGGUGGUGAUUCAGAGACCGCGAUCAUCGAUAUCGAAGCAGAGGAGAAAGAUGAGUGAAGAAGAACAAGCAGCUAUGUUGUUGAUGGCUCUCUCUUGUGGCUCUGUUUUUGCUUAAGGCUUGCUAGAUUUUAGUAAAAAGUUGAAAAACAAAUGUGAAAAGUCACCUAGAUUUUGGCUGGAUAAUGAGAGUUUUUGCUUACUAAUACAUCAGAUUGCCUUGUAAUUGUUCUGAAAUGAUUGAUUAAUAUGAAAGGCAAUUGGAAACUUAU